AUGAGAGAAUGUAUUAAGUAUUACAAGGGUUCUCAAAACAGGGAAAAUGCAUUUUUACGUGUCGUUCAACAUGUUGGCCUUGAGUCCUCUAGAGGGUUAAGACAAGAUGCCUCUACUCAUUGGAAUUCUACAUUUCUCAUGCUAGAUAAUGCAUUGUUUUACAAAAAAGCACUUCUUCAAAUGGUAAAGACUGAUGCUAAUUUUGUUCAUUGUCCUAGUUCUCAAGAGUGGUCCAAGAUUGAAAAAAUUUGUAAGUUUUUGCAAGUUUUUCAUGAAGUGACUUUAGCCUUCUCGUGUUCUAAGUAUCCAACAGCCAAUCUUUAUUUCCCUAAUGUUCUCAAGAUAAGACUGCUUUUGAAAAAGGAUGUAGUAAGUAACGAUGACUUUAUAAAGACCAUGGCAACUAGGAUGAACUUGAAAUUUGACAAAUAUUGGUCCGAGUUUAGUACUAUCAUGGGUAUUGUUGUUAUUUUUGAUCCUCGUUACAAGUUUCAAGUUAUUGAUUGGGCUUUCAAAAAGGUAUAUGGCUCAACUUCCGAUCUCGAGUUGGAUUUAUUUAAAAAAAAAUUAUUUUCCUUGUUUGAUGAGUAUUUAGCCAUUAAUACCAAGUCCAAGGCAAGUGAAAGCUCGCCUCCCUCUCCUAAAGUUGAUGAAAACUUGUCUGAUACGUAUAUGACGGAUUUUGAUGAAUUCUCUAGCUGCGAGUUUACCACCGAUGGUAAAUCUGAAUUGGAAUCGUAUUUAAAAGAGCCAAAAUUACCUCGAAUUGCAUCAUUGCAACCUGAAAUUGAAGCGUUAUGCAAAGAGGUUACUACAUUGAAGGUUGAUGUUGAUGAAGAUGCAAAGGAAAGUAACACAUCCGGUGCUCAAACACAACAAUCUGGAUUAUGUUGA